UUUCUAAGAACAAUAUGUUGACAUUGACUUUUUGUUUAUUUUUUAGUAAUAACAAUCCAAUCCUCUAUAUCCUUCCAUCACCAUUCCUAAUCCCUCUUCCAUCUCUCUGUUCUCUUUCUCUCCCACCCUACAACUCGAAAAAACAAAAAACAUCAUGGAUAAGGAGCAAGAAGAGAUGCAAUUUGUUGGGUUCUUUGGCAUCUUCAACGAAUCCUACAAAGCCAUCUUUGCAUGGAGAAAAAUCUUUACCAAAAUCACUUUGUCUUUAAUCCUUCCUCUAUCCUUCAUCUACCUUGUUCACAUGGAAGUAUCCAAUCUCUUCUUCAGGAAAAUCAUCCACAACGAAAUAGAACUCGACCACACUCGAUCAGGCACUCCCAAAUACGAGAAACUAUCUGACCUCAUCUCCGAUGAGUGGGCUUACUUUUGGCUUUUCAAAGCUGCCUACUUCACUCUGUUUUUCAUCUUCUCGCUCCUCUCAACAGCCGCAGUUGUUUACACCAUCGCCUGCAUAUACACAGCUCGGGAACUCACCUUCAACAAAGUCAUCAGCGUCGUUCCCAAGGUCUGGAAGCGGCUGAUGGUUACUUUCUUAUGUAUUUUCAUCGCCAUGUUUUUAUACCACGUCGCAGCAUUGGCUAUCUUGAUUGGUUGCGUAGUUUCAAUCGGAGGAAGCAAUUUGGGCUUCGCGGUGUUCGUUGUUCUAGCGAUUUUGUACUCAGUGGGGUUUUUGUAUUUGACCGCAAUCUGGCACUUGGCCAGCGCCGUCUCUGUAUUAGAAAAGGCCUACGGUUUCAACGCCAUGGUCAAAGGUAAAUACCUGCUAAAAGGGAAUCUAUGGCUGGCGAUGGUCAUUUUCCUGACGCUCGGAAUUGCCGCCGCCAUCAUCCAGUUUGCGUUCCAGAGUCUGGUGGUGGAAGGAAGCGGCUCCGGCAUGGCUAAUAGGAUUGCGUAUGCAAUUAUUUGUUUGUUUCUGCAUUCCAUGUUGAGUCUCUUGGGGUUAGUUAUCCAGACAGUGAUUUACUUUGUCUGCAAAUCGUACCACCAUGAAAACAUCGAUAAAUCGGCCUUGUCGGAUCAUCUGGAAGUAUAUCUGGGAGAGUAUGUUCCUUUGACGGCGAAGGAUGUUCAGCUAGAGCAAUAUCAUGUUUGAUUGAUUUGAGUUUAAAGUAGAUCAAUUAAAAUAAUGGGUCAAUGCUUGUAAAUUGCAAUAGUUUAUCUUUGAAGUCAUAGUUUGUAAUUUUGAUCAACGGUGUUAUUUGUACCUAAUCCACAUAUAUUGUUGUAGUAUGAAA